UGACAGUUCGAUAGGUAGAUUUGGUUUCACUCUUCGCGCAACUCUCCAUUCAUAGACUCUGGCGAACUGCAGUGUGCGACAUUUCGUGGCGCCUAAAAUCCGUUAAUGCAUUUUCGUAGAAAAUGAGUACCUUUUCCGGGCUGUUCCCGGAAAUCCCCGGCAUAUCCGCCGACCGUUUCAUCGAUGUGAACCGUAGCCAAUCGCGUGUGUUUUUCCUCUCGCAUUGUCACAUGGACCAUAUGCAAGGAUUACAUCUACCGGACCCACUUCCCGGACCGCUUUACACCAGCCCCAUCUCGGGAGUAUUCCUGAAGCACCGAUUUCCCCAGGUGGCCGAAAACAUUCGCACCAUCGAAAUUGGAGAGACACUUUCAAUUGUUUUGGAAUUAGGAGAACCCAAAGAAGAGCUUCAGGUUACGGCCAUCCCGGCCGGACACUGCCCCGGAUCCAUAAUGUUCCUCUUCCAAACCAAUCAGCACAAAAUCCUCUACACCGGCGACUUUCGCCUGUCCCCUAAAGACCUCCGCAACAUCAUUCCCCUUAAAAACCUAGCCCCGGAUGUCAUCUACCUGGACACGACCUUCUUCCUCCGACAAUACCACUUCCUGCCCCCUCAAUCCGAAAGCCUCAUCAAACUGGUGGACCUCUGUCAGGAAUGGCUCUCACUCAACCCCCAAAACGCCAUCACCAUAAAGCUUCCGGCCCUGUACGGAUCGGAGUUCCUGUUCAUCGAGCUGUCCCGCCGUCUCAAGCAGAAAAUCCACGUCCAACAGGAAGAACUUCGAAGCUACCGCUUCCUGGCCAGUUUGGACGACGCGGUCACGGCCGAUAGUGGCUCCGCCACUCGAAUCCACGCCUGCCAAGGCACGCAUUCCGAUCGCCACGGGAAGCUACCCUGCCAACCGACGUUGGACCAGAAGCACAUCCGGAUCAUACGCCCAUCGGCAUUACGCUGGCGCGGAUUGAGACCGACGGAUACCAUCUGCCGGAGGUUGCGAAGCGAUCGAGAGGAGUACUCCGUUUGCUACUCGAAUCACGCCAGCUUCGGGGAGUUGGAGGACUUCCUAGCGUAUCUUCGACCUCGAGCGGUCCGUUUUAAUGUGGUGUGGAAGGAUGAUCCCGGUGGGAUGAAGAUGAGUGCGCUUUUGAGGGAGGUUUGUCCCUGGUUGGAUGGGCGAGGGGAUGGAGAGGGUCGAACGGAGGAAGGAUUUAGUUUUGAUGGAAUCGUGUACCAAAGGAUGGAGGAUAAAAAGAGGGAUAGGCUGUUCUCGGAUGAGGACAGCGAUGGCGAGGAAGCUGUGAUAGAACAUUUGCCUAAGAGGAUUCGUAGCUAAGCUAUAAAUGGAGUUCUUUAAUCAUAUAAUACUACAUCAGGUAACA